GCAGCGGAGCCGAGCCGAGCCCGAGCCGAGCCCCGACGCGCUCCGUCCGCCUGCCGGCUCCUGGGAGCCCCGACCGGCUGGAGCCUCAGAGGCGGCAGCGCGGGGAGUUCCACGCGCCGGGAAGCGCGGCGGACAGGGGACGCGACCAGGGAGGCGCUGCCGCCCGGCAGCUGGUAACCGGAGCCGGGACCGCGGCCUCCGGGACCCUGCUGCCCAGGCCGGCCGGCCGGGCGGGAACGGGAGUGCGAGGACCCCACCCUUGGGGCACCCAGUGCCCGGACCUGCCCCUCUCCCUUGGGAGGGGGGACCCUCCCCACUCCCGGGACAGCCAGAAGAGACCGCCGCAGGGCACGCGGCUGUCCCUCCCACGGUGGCUCUAGAGGAGACCCCUAGAAGUCGGACCUGAAGGACCUGGAGUGAGACCUCACGCCUCAACGCACGCCAGACAGUUCGGGACUUUUGAGGCAGAGAGAAAGGGAGCCAUGCCUGUGGAGUAGGCACCCCGCGUCCCACCCGGGACUCACCGCGGAGAGGCGUCCUGACACGCACAGCCAGGACCCUCCAGGGAACCGCCAGGAAUUGGUUCCAGUUUGCUGGAGAGUAGAAGACCUCGCCCCUCAACUUCCGUGCACCCAGACAGUGGACCGGGGCCGAGCCCCUCCGCUCAGAUCACCAACUGACAGAAAGAGCCCUCAGCCCCUGAAAGAUCCAGUUUGGGGGGGAGGGGGAUUCCCCCAAAGGGGAGGAGACAACUCCUGGCUGGGAGAGGCUCCUCCCCUCCUCCCUAGGGUAGCAGGCAGGGUGUGGGGGGUGUGCCAUCUUCCCCAGGUAGGUCCUCCCUCUCCCCCUCCUCCUCCUUCGAUUCCUCGUCCUCAGGGGACUCAGUUCCCCGCUCCAGCCUGGGAGGCUCCGCCAGGCACUGGAAGAGUCACUGAGGAUGUCACCUGUCACCUGCCACUAAAGAGGGGAGUCCCUGCAACCUCAAACUUCAGUACCAGGUGGUUUCCUCCAGCGGCCGGGGGAACCUUGGAGACAGGGCAUGCCUAGGUCGGUUUAAUAUUCAACAGGAACCUUCUUUCCAGUCUAUCACAAUGACUGCUUGCCUGACUGACUGGCAACCGGUCCCUACCCACUCUAUCUUGGAUGCCAGGAGGGAGGCCCCUACUUCAGGCUGGAUAUCUGCCUCUCUGUGUAAAAGCCAAGGGGAAAUGCGAAUCCUCAUGUCCCGGGAUGAGAAGAGACUGUCAGGAACCUGGAAGUACAAUGGCCUCCGACCUGGAGAGUAGCCUCACCUCCAUAGACUGGCUGCCACAGCUGACUCUCAGAGCCACUAUUGAGAAGCUUGGGAGUGCUUCUCAGGCUGGGCCUCCAGGGGGCACCCGGAAGUGCUCGCCAGGCUCCCCGACAGAUCCAAACGCCACCCUCAGCAAAGAUGAGGCAUCAGUCCACCAAGAUGGCAAGCCGCGGUACAGCUAUGCCACCCUCAUCACCUACGCCAUCAAUUCCUCUCCAGCUAAGAAGAUGACUCUCAGUGAGAUUUACCGCUGGAUCUGCGACAACUUCCCCUAUUACAAGAACGCCGGCAUCGGCUGGAAGAAUUCCAUUCGACACAACCUUUCCCUUAACAAGUGUUUCCGGAAGGUGCCCAGACCUCGGGAUGAUCCUGGGAAGGGCUCCUAUUGGACAAUUGACACCUGCCCUGACAUUUCCCGGAAGAGAAGACACCCUCCAGAUGAUGACCUAUCCCAAGACUCCCCAGAGCAGGAGGCCAGCAAGAGCCCCCGGGGAGGUGUUCCAGGGAGUGGAGAAGCCUCACUCUCUCAUGAGGGCAAUCCUCAGAUGUCACUGCAGAGCCCCUCCUCCAUGGCCAGCUACAGCCAGGGCCCAGGGCCUGUGGAUGGUGGAGCAGUGGCAGCAGGGGCCCCAGGCCAGGAGAGCACAGAGGGUGCCCCUCCCCUCUACAACACCAACCAUGACUUCAAAUUCUCCUACUCCGAGAUCAACUUUCAGGACCUAAGCUGGUCCUUCCGAAACCUCUACAAGUCCAUGCUGGAGCGGUCCUCCUCCUCCCAGCACGGCUUUUCCUCACUCCUUGGAGACAUGCCACCUUCCAACAACUAUUACAUGUACCAGCAGCAGCAGCAGCAGCAGCAGCAGCAGCAGCAGCAGCAGCAGCAGCAGCAGCAGCAGCAGCAACAGCAGCAGCCACCGCCGCAGCCUCAGCCCCCACCCCAGCAACCACAACCGCAGCAGCAGCAGGCACCCACUCAGGGCCCCUCAAAUGUAGGGGGUGCCCCUCCACUGCACACCCCAAGCCCCGAUGGCUGUACUACACCAGGGGGAAAACAGGCAGGAGCUGAAGUCUACGGCCCCCCCACUGGGAUGGCCAUGCACCCUCCCCCACUGCAGCAUGGAGGCUACCACCCUCAUCAGCACCAUCCCCACUCCCACCCUGCCCAGCAGCCACCACAGCAGCAGGCACAGAGCCAGGCACCCAUCAACAGCACCGGCUUUGCCUUUCCUCCAGACUGGUGCUCCAAUAUUGACUCCUUAAAGGAAAGCUUCAAAAUGGUGAACCGGCUCAACUGGUCCAGCAUCGAGCAAUCCCAGUUCUCAGAGCUGAUGGAGAGCCUACGGCAGGCAGAGCAGAGGAACUGGACCCUCGAUCAGCAUCACAUCGCCAACUUGUGUGACUCCCUCAACCACUUCCUCACCCAGACUGGUCACAUGCCCCCGCAAGGGGGCUCCCACCGACCACCUGCCCCUUCCCGGAUCACUGACUCCUGUGCUCUCACCAGUGGCAAACCGGAGCCAUCUAUGAACCAAGUGAACUCUUAUGGGCACCCGCAAGCCUCUCAUCUCUACCCUGGCCCAGCACCAAUGUACCCAAUCUCCACCCAAGACUCAGCAGGAUACAGUCGCCCAACACACCACAUGGUUCCCCGGCCACCUGUCCCACCUCCUGGUGCCAAUGAGGAGAUCACUGAUGACUUCGACUGGGACUUGAUCACUUAACAAAUCACAGUGGACAUCAGCCUAAGACCUGGUGGUGAAUUCUAGCCACGGGGGAAGAACAGUCCUGUCCAUCCUCCCCAAACCUGUAUAUAGAUAUAUAGCUUCCUUCUGUUCUCUCUGUCAGAGAAGCCACUGCAAGAUGCUGCCGAGGAUAAUCCUCUUUCCCUCCUCAUUCUUCGUUCCCUUUUAGUUCUUUUAUUAUUAUUCUAAUUAUAUUGUUAUUGGUUAUCUGCUGCCCAGUCUCCUGCCCUCCUACCCUGGGCUUUGCCCAUUUGAAAUCUUCAGGCCUCAAGAUGAGGCCAUGAUAGCUGUCAAGGAAGGCUUUACAUUCUAGUUCACCUUUCUGUCCGAGAAGCUCAGUGCUGAUCCCACCUUCCAGCUCUGAAUUGUGUUCUGGUCCUGCCUGUUUCAGGCUGGCCUGCAGAGGCCUCAGUCAGUAGAGGGGAGUCUAAGACACUGCUUGGCAACCAUAAUGUUGCAGCUUUACUCAAUGGUGCUAAUUGUGUCCUCUGAGCUCGCCUAUUAAACACCCAAUCUUUACUAUGUUCGGCAGUCCUCAUGCCAUGACGGCUGGACUUGGAGAGCUGGGCUCGGUGGAGUCGGUAUAACCCAGCGUGAGGUUGGGUGUGCACUGCCAUGCCAAAGCACCCCUGGCUUCUCCCAGCCGUUGCUCUAGGAGGUUUGCUUGUCUGCUCAGGCACAAAGACCACUGUCCAUCAUAGUUUAGCUUCUCGGAAACAAUUUCAAUUUAAGGCAUUUUGGCUUUGGAAAAGGAAUUCUUUCUGAGAGUUAACUGACUAUUCUGCAUAUAUCAAUGACCUUCCAUCAUCUCUUCUUCUUCAGCAAAUACUAUUUUGUCUUCCUAAAGCUGUUUGUCCAAAUCAUCCACCUGUCUUAUCUUUUGUUCUCCCAUUUUCUGGGAUUCUCAAAAAGACAAAAGGAAGCCAUUCUCACUCCUAGUCCCCUCAUGUCGUAGACAUGCUGUGGAAACCUCUUUCCCUCCCGCCUUGGCAGACCUGUGGUCCUGCUGCUGGGAGGGUGGGGAAGUUAGGGAGCUGGCGUAGACCUGGGUGGGGACCUGUCACUGCGCAGGGAGAUGCUUCUCUUGAAGUUCCUGUUGGUGGGGUGGAAGCUUUUGAUUUUGACAGGCAAUGAAAACUGUAAGACGGAAAUGACUAAUACAGAGUCAGGGCUCAGCGAGGGCAAGGCGCACCCGUAGGCUCGGAGUGAGGAGUCUCCACUAAAAUGAGCAGCCAUGACUUACGGCUGCAGAGUUCUUAGCACGUGUGUGGCUGUCUUGCGAGAGAGAAGUCCAGUCUCACUUCCAUCGUAUUUUCACUAAACCUUCUGGAACAGACAAAAUGUGUUGUAUCUUCCACAGGGCCAACCUCUGUGAUUUUUGUUCAUAUUCUCUUAUUUAUCCACGAUUUCCGAGACACUGAGCUUCCCAUUCUCACUUCCCCUCAUCAACCCCUUUCCUUUCUUUAGAAGGGGGCUUAUGUAUGAGACUGGUGGAGUCCAGUGAAGUAAAGGGGGCAAGAUGGGGGCAGUUCACUGAAGAGCACUUUAUUUCUUUGUAAGGAAAAUAAAAGGGAGUAUAAGGAAAAAGAGUGCGCUCCAGCACAGUGUGCAGUGUACUGGAGAGCAUCUGGUAGGGCCGAUGCAUGACAGACGCAAUGUUUCCCUCCCGGGAGAGGGGUGUUUCCCCACACACACCCUGCCUGGUGUCCUACUAGACAUCUCUUGCUGUUCCUUCCAUUCAGGUGUAUUCUACACGGCUUCCCUUUGGUUUCCUCAAGGUCUUGCCCUUGCACAGUACCACCUCUUUUCCUAAGCACCUUUCCUGGUCAGAUCUGUCCCAGGUUGGGGGGCAUAGGCUGAGUCAUACUUCCAGAUGCCCCUGGCUUCUCCAUGUCUUGAGAGCCAGUCUCCCUGGUGGGCAGCCUGAGCAGCUGCCUUGGGCUGGAGACUGGAGGGUGGCUUUAGGGCCCCCUGAGGCUCUAGCCUCUCCUGGGUCAGGCUUGCAGAAUGGGGCAGUUCAAACCUGGUCCCCCUUGGGCCUCAGUUUCCCAUGCCCUCUGUGACAUGGAAAGAGAACUACACUUAUUUUGUUGGUCCGAUGUUGCUGGACAUGAAGUAUAGUCAUUGCUGUUGUCUUGGGUGAUGUGUGCACAGUUGUAGGGGUCACUGCCUGUAAGAGGAAACAGGGGAGACAGCAGAGGAGCAGGACAAAGGAGAAGUCAUUUGUGUUGAUUCACCUAUCCUAGGCUUCCUCUCCUCAACCCCAUGUUUCUGGUUUGGUGAGUUCUUUACACCACCCAUAAUGCUUUGCAUUGGUGCAGGCUGGGAAGGGGGGGUGUAUGGGCUCACAACUUGUUUGGUUUUUUUUUUUUUUUGUUUUGUUUUUAUUUUUGUUUUGUUUUUGUUUUUUUGCAUGCUUUCUUAAUAAAAAAAGAAAAGAA